CCUGGAGGAGGCUGGUGCGCCCCUGCUCGGGUGAUCUGGCGCAGACCCCACGGGGGUGCUUGGCGCUCGGCUGGCUCCUCCCCGUUUGCUGCGGCCUCGGAGCUCGGCGAGAUCGUUUGGCCUCGCGAAGAAUGUGGAUGACGCCCAAGAGGCUCAGAAUGGAAGUCGACGAGGCUCUCGUGUUCCGGCCCGAGUGGACCCAGCGUUACUUGGUGGUGGAGCCUGCGGAGGGCGAUGGGGCCCUGUGCUUGGUGUGUCGCCGCCUGGUCGCCUCGACCCGGGAACGCGACGUGAGGCGCCACUACGAGGCCGAACACGAAUUCUACGAACGGUUCGUAGGGGACGAGGAGCGCGCGGCCCUGGUGGAGCGGCUGCGUCAGGGCGACAUGCCCCUGGCGGCCGGGCUCACUCCGGAGGAGAGAGCGACGCGGGCAGGCCUAGGCCUCUGUCGCUUCUUGGCCUUGAAGGGUCGCGGCUGGGGUGAGGGAGACUUCGUACACCAGUGCAUGGAGGUGUUGCUGAGGGAGGUGCUGCCCGAUCACGUCGGCGUCCUGGAAAGCAUUGAUUUAUCGCCCGAGAUCACGCGGCAGAGGAUUCUGAGCAUUGACAGCAAUCUCCGCAGCCAGCUCUUUAACCGAGCCAGGGACUUCAAGGCCUAUUCCCUCGCUUUGGAUGACCAGGCUUUUGUGGCCUAUGAGAACUACCUCCUGGUCUUCAUCCGUGGCGUCGGCCGCGACCUGGAGGUUCAGGAAGAUCUUCUGACGAUUGUCAACCUGACUCAUCACUUCAGUGUCGGGGCCCUCAUGUCGGCAAUUCUGGAGGCCCUGCAGACAGCAGGACUCAGCUUACAGCGAAUGGUGGGACUGACCACGACCCACACUCUAAGGAUGAUCGGCGAGAACUCGGGACUGGUCUCCUACAUGAGAGAAAAGGCCGUGAGCCCCAACUGUUGGAACGUUAUCCACUAUUCGGGAUUUCUACACUUGGAACUGCUGAGUUCUUACGAUGUUGAUAUUAAUCAGAUCAUAAAUACCAUAUCUGAGUGGGUAGUUAUGAUUAAGACCCGAGGUGUUAGACGACCAGAGUUCCAGCCUUUACUAACAGAGUCUGAAUCCGAGCACGGCGAAAGGGUUAACGGACGGUGUUUGAACAACUGGCUGAGAAGAGGCAAGACAUUAAAACUAAUAUUUUCACUAAGAAAAGAAAUAGAGGCUUUCUUGGUUUCGGUGGGGGCCACAACAGUCCACUUCUCAGACAAGCAAUGGCUCUGUGAUUUUGGCUUCUUGGUAGAUAUUAUGGAUUAUCUUCGAGAGAUCAGCGAAGAACUGCAGAUCAGUAAGGUCUUUGCCGCCGCCGCCUUUGACCGAAUCUGUACCUUUGAGGGUAAGCUGAGUUCACUUCAGAGACAUAUGGAGGAAGUCAAUCUAGUAGACUUUCCUGCCUUCAGCAUAAUCGUUGAUGAACUUAAACAGCAGUUUAAGGAAGAUCAGAAAAUAUUUGAUCCUGACAGGUAUCAGAUGGUGAUCUCCCGCCUACAGAAAGAUUUUGAGAGACAUUUUAAGGACCUCAGGUUCAUUAAAAAGGACUUAGAACUCUUUGCAAACCCGUUUAGCUUUAAGCCUGAAUAUGCGCCUAUUUCAGUGCGAGUGGAGCUGACGAAACUCCAGGCGAACACUGACCUGUGGAAUGAAUACAGAGUCAAAGAUUUGGGACAGUUUUAUGCUGGACUGUCUGGUGAAGCUUACCCCAUUAUCAAAGGGGUUGCCUAUAAGGUGGCAUCCUUGUUUGACAGUAACCAAAUCUGUGAUAAGGCUUUUUCAUAUUUAACUCGAAACCAACACACACUGAGCCAGCCACUGACCGACGAGCAUCUCCAAGCACUAUUUCGAGUUGCCACAACCGAAAUGGAUCCCCGUUGGGAUGAUCUUGUGAGAGAAAGAAAUGAUUCAUAAGCCUUUGUAGUACAACAAUUCAACUUGGAAAGAAAAAAUUAAUUCAAUUUUUCUUUCACGUUUACUAAUUUGGAUUGUUGGAAAGCAUUGUGCUUAUUACAAAAUGUCCAAAUUGAUAAACAUUGAAUUCUUUCUGACACGUUGCCUUUUAAAACCCCAUCUCAUUUGGCAACAUGGAACUGAAACAUAAGAACACACCUUCUGAAAACUUAGUUUGAUGGAAAUGUCAUUGCCUUUUGCGUUUAUAACUACUUUUCAACACGUUUAGUAUUGAUAUUGUAAGUUGAACUAGAAGUCUGGUUUUAAGAUGUUCUGGAGAUAUUUGCCAAAAGUUUCAGCUUUUAUUUUGACACGGUGUAAAAAAUGUGAUCCUGGUUUGAAAUGACCAACUCCUUCCAAGCGUAUUUGUGUCAGUUUACAGAAACUCAUAACAACUUAAGUUUCUGAAAAGGAGCAUAUACACAGAGGAGGUAUUUGUCUAGCUAACAGAUUUUAAGGUUAUUUUUAGAAGCGUAUUUCUGAGCCUGAAGUAAAUAGCUGGCAGUUUCAGCCCCCACCCCCACAUACCCAGUUCAUGGUGACAUUACAGAUGGAGGAAAUAAUCAAAAUCUGUCUGGAGCAGCAAGAAUUAUCUUAAAAUUUUGAUUUAUGAGGCCUCUUACUAUCAGGAAUUAAGAAUAAAUGAUUAUUGGAGGUUUGCUCCUUAUUUUACAA